AUGGACGUCCUCUUCCUGGAUCCCGGCAGAUCCCUCGCCGGCGUGCCCGUUCACAGCCCUUCCCACCGCACCCGUCCUCCUCUCAACCCGCAUCAAUUCCAGCGCCUCCACCCUCCGCCGCUCCAGUCGGCCUCUUCAUUCCGCUUCUCCCCGACCCACUGCACCCACUCGGGCACGCCGUUCCUCAUCUGCACCCACAAGCCACCUCGCUACCCUCAGCUCUCCAAAAAUUGGCACCCAGCUCCAACCAUCCAGCUACAACCCACUCACCAGACUACUUCCACCUCCGUCUUCAGCGGUGACAUCACAGACCCAACUCUAGCCGGGUCCAUGCCAGCGCCAACAGCUCCCCCUAGUGGGACGAGCACAUUCAAGCUCCUCAUCCACCUCCUUCAUCCCUACCUUUACCAUCUGCAGCCCCAGCUCAACAACCGGCCAUCUUGGGGCCCCCUUUUACACCUCCUGCGCCUUCAUUUCUCCCCUUAUCCUUCCCCAAUCCCCUUCUCCCGACAUCCUAUGUUCCUUCCCAUCAUUCUAACCACUACUCUCUAUCCACAGCAGUACCCCCACUUCGCCCCCACCAACCCUGACUCGCCCCUCCACAGUUUCCCCUGCCCUGCGACAGCAGAUUCUGAAUGCCCCAUUGGCAUUGCCACCCAAAAAUACUCAGGCAAGAAGAGGCUGACCAUUGACUUGUCCGCCCCUCACGGGUCCCACGUACCAAGCAUUAAUAGUCUCAUCCCUUUCUCAGACUUUUUCAUGCAAUACGCUACCGUCGACCACACCAUCCGCCUCAUUCGUCUGGUGGGCAGGGGAGCCUGGCUCUCAAAGGCGGCCAUUACUAGCGCUUUCAGGUUCUUACCCAUUCACCCAGACUUCUGGCGCCUUUUUGACGUGUAUUGGAAGGGCACUUACUACUUUGCAGUUCGGCUCACCUUCUGCUGCCGAAGUAGCCCCAAGAUUUUUGAUUCACUGUCCGAAGCUCUUUGCUGGAUCCUUCUUAAUAAUUUCAGGCUCCCUUACGUUCUCCACCUUCUGGAUGACUUUCUUAUCAUCACCCCUACCACCUCUUCACCUUGCUCAGGGCUCUGUGCUCUCACCCAUGCCUUUUCAGAUCUAGGUGUUCCUCUUUCCGAAGAAAAGACAAUCGGUCCUCUUACUUCAUUGGAGUUUUUAGGCAUCACCCUAGACUCCUCCUCUUUUCAGGCUUCCCUACCUCCCGAGAAGGUGCAUCGCAUCACCCUGAUCCUCUCUAACUUCAUGCUCAUAGAUUCCUGCACCAAACAUCAGCUGUUGUCUCUUCUCGGCCACCUAAAUUAUGCCAUGCACAUCAUCCCCCAGGGGAAAUCUUUCAUUUCCCAUCUUUUAUCCACCGCUGCCAGCGUCCCGUCACUCCAUGGCCAUCUUACCCUUGGCGACGCCUGCAGGAUGGAAAUUAAGCUCUGGCACCAUUUUCUGUCUUCCUGGAACGGCAUCUCUUUCUUUUACAAUGAUUUCAUCUCACAUCCAGACGACAUUCAGCUCUACACAGAUGCCACCCCCUCCAUUGGGUUCGGCGGUUUUCACAAAGGCAGAUGGUUUGCCUCCACUUGGCUCCCGGAGGUUGACACCCUGCAACCAGAUUCGGCCUCUCCCUCUUCUGCUUUGUAUGAACUGUAUCCUGUUGUCAUCGCAGCUCUCCUUUGGGGGUACGAAUGGUCCCAGCACUCCAUCCUCAUCCAUUUCGAUAACACAGCUGUAGUCAAAAUUAAUAACAAAGGUCGUUCUCAUUCCUUAGCCAUCAUACAACUCAUGCGCAGACUUACACUAGUUUCAGCUCAUCAUCAGUUUCUGCUCAGGGCAGCUCACUUUCCAGGCUAUCAUAACCACAUUGCUGAUGCACUCUCUCGUUUCUCCUUCCAGAAAUUCAGGGCACUAGCGCCUACAGCAGACCCUCAUCUGACACCGGUCCCUCCGUUUUCAGCCACAAUCUUCAACUGGCUCCGCAGCUUGCCAGCCUCUCCCACAUUUCCCAACAAGCUAUCCUCAACAGCCUCGCCCCUCACACCCUCUCGGCAUAUCUGA